GGAGGGCCGAGACGACGACCCAUUGGCCGGAGGGCAAAGACUAAUGGCUGAGACUGGAGCGGGCGCACGUAUCAUGGAAGGCCUCGGUAUGAGUCCUGACGAGCUCAUGGCCCUUCUGUCUCAAAACAAGAGCGGCAACGAUACAGCGGAGCUACACCGACAGCUAGAGAGACGUCUACUCUCGUUUCUUGACCGGAGGGCUAUCGACAGCGACACGCUAGCCGCACUGCUUGCAGCGUACACGCUGCUUAUCCUCACUGGCGCCACGGGCAACGGGCUGGUCUGCCUGGCGGUGGCGCGGCGACCCAAGAUGCGCACGGCACGCAAUUUGCUGAUUGUGAACCUGGCGGCUGCCGACCUCCUGCUGUGCCUCUUCACCAUGCCAUUCUCGCUGGUGGAAAUUGCGCUCAAGACCUGGCCCCUGGGCGGCACCACGUGCAAGCUGGUAGCCGGCCUGCAGGCCACCAGCGUCUUUGUCUCGACGCUGAGCAUCACGGCCAUCGCCAUUGACCGCUACCUCGUUAUUGUCUAUCCGACCAAGCAGCACUGGUGCUUCUCGGCACUGGUCGGCAUGCCGCUCAUCUGGCUGCUGGCGCUGCUUCUCUCCGUGCCCAUGUUCAUGUACCGGGUGCUCGACCACAUUGAGCUACCGGAUCCCGUGCGAGGCACAGUCGUACACCUCGAAUACUGCGUCGAGCACUGGCCUAUCGAGGAGGGCCGGUUCUACUACUCUAUCUUCUCAAUCGUGUUCCAGUACUUCGUGCCCAUCACCACCGUGACCGUGGCCUACGCGAGUAUUUGCCGCCGCCUGCGCGUGCGGCUCGUAGCCAAGGCUGGCCCGCUGAACCAGAGCGCACCUCGUCAGCAGCACGACAAGCGCCGCAUGCACCGCACCAAUGUGCUCCUGGUGGCCAUCGCCGCCAUAUUCGCCGCGAGCUGGCUGCCGCUGCACAUCCUCAACCUGGUGGCCGACUCGACGCCCAGCCUUACGGCAGACUCUCGCCUGUAUCGUGUCUACUUCGCCUGCUGCCACAUGGCCGGCAUGAGCUCGGCCUGUUCGAAUCCACUGCUCUACGGAUGGCUCAACGACAAUUUUCGACGAGAGUUCCGGCGCAUCCUGUCCACCUGCUGUCCACGGCUGCGAGCCAGGCGUGCGUCGGCUACUGGCCCGCCAUCGGAGAGCCGGCCGCUCACGGGACAGGCGCUCGUGCUAUUUCGCCGCCAACAGCGGCCUCACACCCAAGAUACCUGCGUGGAAGCCGCCCCACCGCGACCAGCCGAAGACCAGUACGAGACACUUAUCGUUCUCAGCCAGCCAUGCGACGACGUCGAAACAAUGUCCAGCACGAGAGCGCGCGGCGCAGAGGUUCAACGUGCAAGUGCCCAAUAG